CCCAAUUCGGGACGGAGAGAGGCCGCUCCGCCGCCGCUUGGGCCGUGAACAAAGAGUGGGUCCUCCCGCCGCCCCCCUCCCGGCGCAGUGGGAGAUCCCACCCAUCACGGAACGGAGGACCGGCCACUUCCGCCUGCCGGGACCGGAGCGCAGCCACCAUGACCGCCACUCUGCGCCCGUACCUGAACGCGGUGCGCGCUACGCUGCAGGCCGCGCUGUGCCUUGAGAACUUCUCCUCGCAGGUGGUGGAGCGGCACAACAAGCCUGAGGUGGAAGUCAGGAGCAGCAAGGAGCUGCUGUUGCAGCCGGUGAUCAUCAGCAGAAAUGAGAAGGAGAAGGUCCUCAUCGAGGGCUCCAUUAACUCAGUGCGUGUCAGCAUUGCAGUAAAACAGGCCGAUGAGAUCGAGAAGAUCUUGUGCCACAAAUUCAUGCGCUUCAUGAUGAUGAGAGCCGAAAACUUCUUCAUCCUGCGCAGGAAGCCCGUGGAGGGCUACGACAUCAGCUUCUUGAUCACAAAUUUCCACACGGAGCAGAUGUACAAGCACAAGCUGGUGGACUUUGUCAUCCACUUCAUGGAGGAGAUUGACAAGGAAAUCAGCGAGAUGAAGCUCUCUGUCAAUGCUAGGGCCCGCAUCGUGGCAGAGGAGUUCCUCAAGAAUUUUUAGGCCGUGGCGCAGGACUCCGUGGCUCCCCGACGCUUGUGCCCGCCGGGCACCGUGCCUGCUCCCACUCCCGCCGUGAGUGGCUGGGCCUUGCCUGCCCCUCGCCGUGCCGGGCGGCCGUGCCGGGAGCAGCCGCCGCUUUGUGGCAGAGCGGCCCCGGUCGCUGCCGCUGUUGUGUCUCGUUUUUUAAACGGUCUCGUUUGCUGUAACCUCUGUCUCCU